UUUUCGACUAGUCAUAAUUAAUAUUAGCAUUUUAUUUUCAAUGGAAUUUUAUUCGUUGAUUUUAAUGUCUAUUGGAAUUUUCGUUAUAAAACUAGAUGAAGGUGUAAAUUGCAUUUGUAAUUCUCUUACCAAUUAUCGCGAAGAUUAUAGAAAUUACAUCAAAACAGUGAUUAAUCACAUUUGUUCACAUAUUGAAUCGAAUGAAAUACUAAAUCUAAAAUUGAUACAAGAUUCAAAUAGUGCUAUUGGUAUAGAGGAAUUUUCCAAACCUGAAACAAACUAUCAUAAUUUCAAAACUAAUUAUUUUUAUACAAUAAGUCUACUAAAUUUCAAGUACACUGAAAUACUAAAAAAUUUUCUCGAUUACAUAGAUGUUAUUCUACAAAAGUGUAAGCAAUUUCAUGAAAGAAAUUUAGAAGAAAAUUUUAUUUGUUGUGUAACAUCACUCGUUGAAGAGGUGAAAAAUUCUAAGAUUAUGUUUGAAAAUCUUCACAAUGCUAUGAAUUUUUUUAGCUACAUUGAUGUAAGAUUUGUGUUCCAAGGAUCUACUGUGCCAAAUGUUAUUAAUAACGAAAUCAACUUUUUUCUAAAAUACGUACUUCAAAAAAUAUCAGAGAACAGCCGUUUAGAUCUUAACAGACAUUUUGAUUUGAACUGCUUACCAAAUUUUCAUGACUCUGAAAUGAAUUUUAUGAGUUUAAAUGAAUUUCGUACAGUAGCAUCAAAAAUAAUAAACAAUCUCUAUCAAAAUAGUAAUAUCAUCGACAAUUCUAUAAAAAAUAAUUCGACAAUAAUUCAAAUUAAUGAAGAUGACUCUUACUUUGUCUAUUUAACAUGUAGUAAACUUAAAUCGUUUUAUAAUAAAAACAUAGAAAUUUGGUAUAAGAAACUUGGCUUUGAAAAAUUUUUCAAUCCCAAAACACCCGAACUCAUACCUCCAGUAGAUCCAAAUAUUAAUAUAAAUGUGGCAAUUAAAGCAUUGAAUAUACUUCGACAAGAAUCGGGUUGGAAAACAAUGGAACACAUAAAUAUAGUUUAUAACGAAAAACUAUUUAGCGUAGAUUCUAUUAUGAAAGACCCAAUUGAUAACAAGAAUUUUCAAAUAAAAAAGGAACAUGUAACACAAUUAUUAAGAUGUAGAUACACAGAAAUAAUUAUAAAUUACAAUAUAAUAUUAAGAGUUAUAUUGUAUCUAUGCAAUAUUUAUGCAAAUAAUUUCAACUACAAUUGUUUGAUUAAAUUCUUUGACUCAUUCAACAAAUCUAAAAUAAUGUUCGAAGGUCUGCAUACAGCUUUAAUGACUAUACAGAAAAAAUCAUUAUGGAGUUUUACUUUUUGGUCUCCUUCGAAUUUACAAAAAAUAUUAAAAUGGGUUAACAAUUUUCUUUGUUUAUUGAAUAACAAAGAAUUUUUUCAAGAUAUUUUUAACAAUAAAAAUAAAAAAUUCAAGGAAAUUAUAGACAAUAAAUUAAAAUAUUUUCUAAAUUUUCGUAGAAAAUGUUUUAAUUGUCUUAGUACGGAAUCUAGAAAAAUGAAAUCCCGUUGUAAUAUGAAAAAACCUUUUUAUGAUUUAUCCAAAUUAAUAAAAUAUUUCAAGUCUUCAAAAAAUACGAUGAAUAUUCCAACGUUUCAACUGUCAAUCCAAAUUUAUCAUGAUGCAUGCAAUUUUUUUGACAAGUUUUGUGAAGAUGUUUACAAAUCUUGUUAUGAAAAUUUAGGAUUCAUAAAAGUUGACAGUCUCAACAAAAGCUUAGAUGACAAAUUAAUUGUGGAUUAGAUUUAUUAUACAUAGGUUGUUUAUAUAUAUGUUUUCUGAAAGAAGUAUAUAAAUAGAAUUUAUCAUAAAAAAAUUAUAUUUUUACAUACAUUUUUCAAAAAGUUAUAUUUAUAAAA